UGCCUUUUCGGGCCUUGGCUUCACGACGUUCUACUUGGCGGGCAAGCUGCACUGCUUCACUGAGAGUGGGCGGGGAAAGAGCUGGCGGCUCUGUGCCGCCAUCCUACCCUUGUACUGCGCCAUGAUGAUCGCCCUGUCUCGCAUGUGCGACUACAAGCACCACUGGCAAGAUUCCUUUGUGGGCGGAGUCAUUGGCCUCAUUUUUGCAUACAUUUGCUACAGGCAGCACUACCCUCCUCUGGCCAACACAGCUUGCCAUAAACCCUACGUCAGUCUCCGAGUCCCAACCUCGCUCAAGAAAGAGGAGAGGCCCACAGCCGACAGCGCACCCAGCUUGCCUCUGGAGGGGAUUACCGAAGGCCCUGUAUGACCAGUGUCCUGAGAAGAUGGACACUGAGCCCCAGGCACGCUCUUCCACCCUGGCAUCCAUAACACAAUAGAAGAGGUUUUCUGUAGUGUGUUUCUCAUCAGUUGUUUCUCAGAGCUUUCCUUCUUCUGCUCUAUUUCACCAAUGUUGUUCCUGCUACUUUAAAUGUCUCCUUUCAAUGUUCUUGAAUUUGCAAGGGAAGGACAUGAGGAACAUUCUUCAAGAGACAUGUGGAAGGAGGCUACACAGGUGGGGUUGGGGUGCUUGACCAGUUCCUCUAUCUGAAAUAUUUGCUGUAACAGCCACCUUUCUAUGUUUUCAUGGUUUUGAAACAUAAUAAAACCUCCCACCUGGAAGACUUGGUAUUGGC